CCUUUGCAUUCAUUCCUCAACAACAACAACCAAAAACCCAAAACUCCUUCUCUAAACCUAAAAAUCCAUUUUUUCUUUCUUUCUCACAUACCCUUUUGCUCAAAAGUGAAGAACCCUUCUUCAGAUACCAGAAAAGCUAAAGUUAAGGGAAAAAAAAAUGUCUGGGGUGUGGAUGUUCAAGAACAAUGGUGUGUAUCGGUUGGUGGAAAACCCUCAAGCUGAAGGGUCAGAUGGGAGACAAGGGAAGGGAAGUAGCUCAAAGAGAAAGGUUUUGGUGCACUUGCCAAGUGGUGAAGUUGUUUCUUCCUAUGCUUUUCUUGAACAAAUUUUAACUGGAUUGGGUUGGGAGAGGUACUAUGAUGGAGACCCUGACCUCUACCAAUUCCACAAACACUCCUCAAUUGACCUAAUUUCCCUCCCAAAAGACUUCUCCAAGUUCAACUCCAUCAACAUGUAUGAUAUAGUCAUCAAGAACCCCAAUGUCUUCCAUGUUCGUGAUAAGUGAGUCUUCAUUGUUUCUUCACGUCGCACACUUUUUCUUCUUCUUCUUCUUCUUCUUCUCUAUUUUUGUUUAUAAUAUAUCACUUUCUAUUCCUCUACUUCCUCAUCUUCAUAUAUGGCUUCUUAUAUAUAUAUAUAUAGAGAGAGAGAGUUUGUGAACUCUUGUUGGGUUUUUCCUCUUUUUUUUCUUUUGUUCAUAAUCGAUGGUGUGGGGUGCAUAUGAGUAGAAGAAUAUAUGAGUUUAUUGGGGGUGCUUAUGUAACAUAUGAGUAUUGAUUUAUAAUAACAUUUAUGCAUUUUCAUGAA